AUUCAACUGAUUCUUGGCCAUUAUCUGUAGCUGUUGGUGAUUUUAAUAACGACACUCAACUAGAUAUCGUCGUCGUUAAUGAGUUUGGCUUCACUGUAAGUGUACUUCUAGGAUAUGGCAAUGGCUCUUUUGCAAAUCAAACGACAUAUUCAACUGGCUCUUUCCCAUAUUGUGUAGCUGUAGGUGAUUUUAACAAUGACAUCCAUCUGGAUAUCGUCGUUGCUAAUGCGGGUGACAAAACUGUAAGUAUCCUUCUUGGAUAUCGUGAUGGCUCAUUUGCAAAUCAAAAGACAUAUUCAACUGGCUCUUUACCACUCUCUGUAGCUGUUGGUGAUUUUAACCGCGACACUCGACUGGAUAUCGUCGUUGCUAAUGAGGGUGACAACACUGUAAGUGUACUUCUUGGAUAUGGCAAUGGCUCAUUUGCAAAUCAAAAGACAUAUUCAACUGGCUCCUCACCAUACUCUGUAGCUGUUGGUGAUUUUAACAACGACAUCCAUCUGGAUAUCGUCGUCGCCAAUGCGAAUGACAACACUGUAAGUGUACUUCUAGGAUAUGGAAAUGGCUCUUUUGCAAAUAAAACGACAUAUCCAACUGGCUCCAAACCAUGGUCUGUAGCUCUUGAUGAUUUUAACAAUGAUACCCGACUGGAUAUCGUCACUGCUAAUUUUGGUGGCAAUACUGUAAGUGUUCUUCUCGGAUAUGGCAAUGGCUCUUUUGCAGAUCAAACGACAUAUCCAACUGGCUCUGCAGCAAUCUCUGCAGCUGUUGGUGAUUUUAAUAACGACAGUCGACCGGAUAUCGUCGUUGCUAAUUUCCAUUACGGCCAUGUAAGUGUACUACUUCGGUAUGAUAGAGGAGCUCUGAAAGACAAAAUCACAUUUGCAUCUGCCAAUGGUUCUCGUUUACAAAGCUUUGCUGUUUUUGAUUUCAAUAAUGAUAGCCUACUAGAUAUCGCCGUUGCCAACUAUGGUACUAAUAACAUAGGUGUUCUUCUUGGAUCUGGGAUUGGCACUUUUGGAAAUCAAAUGAUGUUUUCAACAGGCUUAAAUUCUCAUCCUUACUCAAUGGCUAUCCAUGAUUUCAAUAAAGACGGUCAAGUAGAUAUAGCUGUGGCCAAUUAUGGUACUAAAAAACUUGUUACGUUUCUGGGAAGUGGGAACAGAACAUUUGAAAAUCGAGGAAGUUACGGUGUAGAUUUCGAUUUCGCUCCAUUGGUAGUUGGUGCUGGUAGUGUCAACAAAGAUGGACGUUCAGAAAU